GUUUGGUUUCAAAACUGCAGAGCUCGCCAUAAAAAACACACCCCCCAGCACACGGUGCCGCCCUCGGGAGCCCCCCCGUCCCGCAUCCCUUCCUCGCUCUCUGAUGACAUUCACUACUCACCCUUCAGCAGCCCGGAGCGGGCUCGGAUGGUGACGCUGCACGGAUACAUAGAAA